GGCGGCGGCGGCGAGCAGUUGAUCAUUGUGAUGGUGGCAGGAGCAGCGGCGGCAGCGGCAGCCCAGCCGAGCGUUAGGGGCUGCUCUCCGCGCGGCGUUUUGCAAAGGACUUCACCGAUCUACUUUUGCAGUCGCCUCGGACUGUCCAUGUGUUUACUUCCCCCAGCCCGAGGAUUCGAUAUCUAGGUUCCUGUGAAAUGCAACUGAGCAGCCAAAGUACUUUGAGAACACGGGGCGGCAUAAACACCAAAACUUUUUUGUGGAAGGAAAAUGCAAUAAGCAAGCUUGCCGUUUUCCGAUGCGGUGUGGAGUGAGUGUGUGUCGCGCGUGUCCGCACUGGAGGCAUAUGCUUGUGUGUGUACAUGGGGUGUGUUUUUCGGUACGUAGGGAGAAAAUGCUUGCCAACCACCGGAAAUCUCCUGGAAUUUAUUAGAAAAUAAUGGAUUAUAAAAAGAAGGCAGGCAAGGAGCGGAUCUCCCCUUGAGUUGCAACCCGAUUUGCUGCUGGCUCAGUUUGUUGUGAUUCUUUUUGUUGAUAGGUGUCUGAUGGUAUUCUGAUAACACCCCCCUUUUUUUCCCCUCGAGCUUUACAGUUUAAAAAAAGGAAACAAAAAAACCACCCCAAAAUCUCUCCCCCUUUUUUUCGCCCCGGCGGGAUCGCUGUUUCCAUCCAUGUGCUUGCGUCUCCCCCGCGUUCCACUUAAACUAUUUUAAUCCUUGGACCCAAGGAGGAGGCUGAUAGGGGGGUGGAUAAAAAAAGUUCUUCCAAAAUAGUGUGCCCGGGGAGCAGGAUGGGGGAUUUCGCAGCCCCCGCUGCUGCCGCGAAUGGCAGUAGUAUUUGCAUCAACAGUAGCCUGAACAGCAGCCUCGGCGGGGUCGGGAUCGGUGUGAAUAAUACUCCCAAUAGUACUCCUGCUGCUCCGAGUAGCAAUCACCCCGCUGCCGGCUGCGGCGGCGGCGGCGGCUCCGGGGGCCCCGGCGGCGGUUCGGCGGCCGUCCCCAAGCACAGCACCGUAGUGGAGCGGCUCCGCCAGCGCAUCGAGGGCUGCCGGCGGCACCACGUCAACUGCGAGAACAGGUACCAGCAGGCUCAGGUGGAGCAGCUGGAGCUGGAGCGCCGGGACACCGUGAGCCUCUACCAGCGGACCCUGGAGCAGAGGGCCAAGAAAUCCGGCGUCGGCACCGGCAAGCAGCCGCACCAGAGCAAACCCCAGCAAGAUGCGGAGGCAGCCUCGGCGGAGCAGAGGAACCACACGCUGAUCAUGCUCCAAGAGACUGUGAAAAGGAAGUUGGAAGGAGCCCGAUCACCACUUAAUGGAGAUCAGCAGAAUGGUGCUUGCGAUGGGAGUUUUUCUCCAACUAGCAAGCGAAUACGAAAGGACAUUCCCCCAGGGAUGGAAGCCAUCAACAGUUUGCCCAACAACAUGCCACUGCCUUCAGCCUCUCCUCUUCACCAACUUGACCUGAAGCCUUCUCUGCCCUUGCAGAAUAGUGGAACUCACACUCCUGGGCUUCUAGAAGAUCUUAAUAAGAAUGGUAGACUCCCAGAGAUUAAACUUCCUGUCAAUGGUUGCAGUGACUUGGAGGAUAGCUUCACUAUCUUGCAGAGCAAGGACCUCAAACAAGAACCUCUAGAUGACCCUACUUGCAUAGACACAUCAGAAACAUCACUUUCAAAUCAGAACAAGCUGUUCUCAGACAUUAACCUGAAUGAUCAGGAGUGGCAAGAAUUAAUAGAUGAAUUGGCCAACACGGUUCCUGAAGAUGACAUACAGGACCUGUUCAAUGAAGACUUUGAAGAGAAGAAGGAGCCAGAAUUCUCACAGCCAGUGACUGAGACCCCCCUCUCCCAGGAAAGUGCAAGUGUGAAGAGUGACCCCUCUCACUCUCCUUUUACACAUGUCUCCAUGGGAUCUCCCCAGGUGAGGCCUUCUUCUUCUGGUCCUCCCUUUUCUACAGUCUCCACGGCCACUAGUUUACCUUCUGUUGCCAGCACUCCCGCAGCUCCAAACCCCGCUAGCUCACCAGCAAACUGUGCUGUCCUGUCCCCUCAAACUCCAAACCAAGCCCACACUCCAGGCCAAGCUCCAUCUCGGCCUGGAAAUGGUUAUCUCCUUAAUCCAGCAGCAGUGACAGCGGCCAGUUCAGGCUCGGGCCCUGUGGCUGUGCCCAGCUCCGACAUGUCUCCAGCGGAGCAGCUCAAACAGAUGGCUGCACAACAGCAACAAAGGGCCAAACUCAUGCAACAGAAGCAGCAGCAGCAGCAGCAGCAGCAACAGCAACAGCAGCAGCAGCAGCAACAGCAGCAACAGCAGCAGCAACACUCAAAUCAGACUUCAAGUUGGUCUCCUUUGGGGCCUCCAUCCAGUCCAUAUGGAGCAGCUUUCACUGCAGAAAAACCAAAUAGCCCAAUGAUGUACCCCCAAGCCUUUAACAACCAAAACCCUAUAGUGCCUCCAAUGGCAAACAACCUGCAGAAGACGACAAUGAAUAACUACCUCCCUCAGAAUCACAUGAAUAUGAUCAAUCAGCAGCCAAAUAACUUGGGUACAAACUCCUUAAACAAACAGCACAAUAUUCUCACUUAUGGCAACACUAAGCCUCUGACCCAUUUUAAUGCAGACUUGAGUCAGAGAAUGACACCACCAAUGGCCAACCCCAACAAAAACCCCCUGAUGCCAUACAUCCAGCAGCAGCAGCCACAGCAGCAGCAGCAGCCACAGCAGCAGCAGCCGCCACCCCAGCUCCAGGCUCCCAGAGCACACCUGAGUGAGGACCAGAAACGCAUGCUUCUCAUGAAGCAGAAAGGAGUGAUGAAUCAGCCCAUGGCUUACGCUGCGCUUCCAUCCCACGGUCAGGAGCAGCAUCCAGUUGGGCUUCCCCGGACCACAGGCCCCAUGCAGUCCUCCGUAGCCCCAGGCUCAGGCAGCAUGGUCUCAGGAGCCAGUCCCGCGGGUGCCGGCUUCCUGGGCAGCCAGCCCCAGGCAGCCAUCAUGAAGCAGAUGCUCAUUGACCAGCGGGCCCAGUUGAUGGAGCAGCAGAAGCAACAGUUCCUGCGGGAGCAAAGGCAGCAACAGCAGCAGCAGCAGAUUCUGGCCGAACAGCAGUUGCAGCAAACGCAUUUGCCCCGGCAGCACCUCCAGCAGCAGCGGAAUGCAUACCCCGUGCAGCAGGUCAAUCAGUUUCAAGGUUCUCCCCAGGAUAUAGCAGCCGUGAGAAGCCAAGCAGCCCUCCAGAGCAUGCGAACAUCACGGUUGAUGGCACAAAACGCAGGCAUGAUGGGAAUGGGACCCUCCCAGAACCCAGGGACAAUGGCCACAGCAGCAGCCCAGUCAGAGAUGGGACUGGCACCUUAUAGCACCACACCUACCAGCCAACCAGGAAUGUACAGUAUGAGCACAGGAAUGACCCAAAUGUUGCAGCACCCAAACCAAAGUGGCAUGAGCAUCACACACAACCAAGCCCAGGGGCCGAGGCAGCCCGCCUCUGGGCAAGGGGUUGGGAUGGUGAGUGGUUUUGGUCAGAGCAUGCUGGUGAACUCAGCCAUUCCCCAGCAGCACCAGCAGAUGAAAGGGCCGGUAGGCCAGGUGCUGCCGAGGCCCCAAGGCCCACCGAGGCUGCAGAGCAUUAUGGGAACAGUCCAGCAGGGAGCACAGAGCUGGCAACAGAGGAGCUUACAGGGGAUACCUGGAAGGACUAGUGGAGAGUUAGGAGCAUUCAACAACAGUGCCAGCUACCCACUUCAAGCUGGCCAGCCGAGGCUCACCAAGCAACACUUCCCACAGGGACUGAGCCAGGUCGUGGACGCUAACACUGGCACAGUGAGAACCCUCAACCCGGCUGCGAUGGGUCGGCAGAUGAUGCCACCACUUCCGGGGCAGCAGGGCACUAGCCAGGCCAGGCCGAUGGUCAUGUCUGGCCUAAGCCAGGGCGUCCCUGGCAUGCCAGCGUUCAGCCAGCCCCAGGCACAGCAGCAGAUGCCCAGUGGCGGCUUUGCUGCAAGCAGCCAGAGCCAAGCCUAUGAGCGGAACCCCCCUCAGGACAUGUCAUACAAUUACAGCGGCGAAGCGGCUGGGGCUUCCUUCCCUGGCCUCGCGGACAGUGCAGACCUCGUGGACUCCAUCAUCAAAGGUGGGCCUGGGGAUGAGUGGAUGCAGGAGCUUGAUGAAUUAUUUGGAAACCCCUAGUCAAGAGGGGCUCCAGGAGCCACAACUCUAGUGGUUAAAGCUUAACGUGAAAAAGAAACAGGAUGUUGACCCAUCCUUGUUUUUUCGUUUUUUUGACCCACGUAAACUGAGCAAAACUGCAGCUGGCUGACAGUGGAAGAUCCAGGUGCCAAUCCACAGCCCCGCGGGGCCUCAUUUCACCUGAUUU